GAAAAAUAUGCAGGAAUCGCAAUCAAAACAUCGAAAUACAAAGCUGUUGUGUAAUUUUAUUAAUUUUAUAAAUUAAGCCGAAUUCUAAGUCAUAAUGUGGUGAUAAUAUAAAGGAAUCAUCAGAGAUAUUAGUGACACUGAAGGCGAUUAGCGACAAAUCGUAAUGAUUGUUUGUUUGAGCAAAUCAAAAAUAAAUAAUUAACCACAUUGUUCUCUUCGCUUACUCACCUCUUCGUAAUUUCAUUGCCAAGCAUGCUUAACAACAUAUUGUUGUGCUGAUUGAAGAGAAUCAGUUAACUUUGUGCAGUCGUGGUGUUAAGACAUUAUUAAAAAAAAUAUUAGAAAAGUCAAAAAAAUUGCGACCCAAGAAAUAAAUAGUAAAGAGCAACAACUAAACAAUAAUCAGUCAGCAGAAUCAAAGAAAUUUGAUAACGGGAUAUACAAAACAAGUGCUAUUAAAAUUACACAUAGAUAUAGUUCAAUUUAAAACUCAUUAACUAGAAAAGACUACAAGAAAAAUGUUAAAUCGAUUUACAACGGCAAGUUUAGUGAGAAAAAUUGUCUAUUCUACCUCGAAAGAUUUGAACUUAAUUAAUCUAUCAAAGCAUAUAUCAUCGACAUCAUUGAGUAAUGUACAAAAUGCCACAAAACCAAUUCGGAAGCAUAACUGGAACCAAGCUGUCAGUGAAGCUGAAAAGAUUGUGGGAUAUCCAACUUCAUUUCUCAGCCUUCGAUGGCUGUUAAGUGACGAAAUUGCAAAUGUAGCACUACAUUUAAGGAAAUUAGUAGGAAGCAAUCACCCUUUACUAAAAACGGCGAAAAACUUAAUAUACGAUGGACGAUCUAAUAUGCAAGCAUGGGGAUUGAUAGUUUUACUAAUUUCUAAAGCUGCUGGUCAUGCUCCACAUAUACCUGAUUUAGAGGAAGAUAAAAGUGCUGGAGUUUUACAUUCACAACGAGCAUUAGCGGAAGUAACAGAGAUGAUUCGUACAUCUACUUUAGUUCAUCAAGGAAUGGUGAAUUUACAGACUUUAAAUCAUUCUGGAAAUGAAUUAGCUGCUGAUUCUGAAAUGAUUUUUGGAAAUAAAAUUGCACUUUUGGGCGGUGAUUAUUUAUUAGGCAAUGCUUGUCUUCAACUAGCUGGAUUAAGAAAUCAAGACUUAAUCGGAUUAAUAUCAUCAGCUGUGCGCGACUUAGCAGAAUCAAAUUUUGUCGGUGAUCGAGAUGAUGAAAAUAUUGCACUUCCGUCCGAUCCAGCACUUAAAAUUAAUCUAACGGAUGAUAAACCAUUGGAUGAUUUUGACAAUACAAGAGAUAUUGACAUGAGUCUCAUUUUUGGUCAUCCAGAAAGAGAAUGGAAUUUCCGACACACAUUAUCGUCUGGUACGUUAUUGGGAAAAAGUUGUCAAGGAACACUCAAACUUGCUGGUCAAUCGGAAGCACUUCAAAAACAUGGAUAUACAUUUGGUAAACAUUUAGCAUUAGCUUAUCAAGCAAGCAUGGACUUGGAACCAUUUAAAUUACAAGAACUACCUCUAACUGCAACAUUUAGUCUCAUCAGUGCACCCGUUCUAUUUCAUAUUGAUCAUGAUCCAUCAUUAUAUGAAGAAAUUCGAUGUGGCAAGAAAUCAGUUACCAAUAUAGACUUUAGAAAAAUACACAAAAUUGUCACGGACGGACCUGGAAUUGAUGAAACCAAAGAACUUCAGCGAAAGCAUGGACAGAUAGCUAUGGACGUAUUGAAUGAAUUUCCAGAUUGUGAUGCAAGGACUGCACUUCAAAAUAUAAUUUUAGCUAUGCAAUGUCUUUGAAAUUGGCUUAAUUGCCCGACAUCUAUGUCGUCUAUAAUUAACAACUUAUAAACUAGUUUUUUGACCUAAGAAUUUUUUACAUUAGAACAAUGAUCUUGGUGAUGGAUUUAUAUGACGAAUAUACAGUUCUAUAUUUUAGACAUGAAAUAUAGUAGAUUUUCUUUUUAUUUCGGUUAAAUAGGUGUAAAGCAACUAGAAUGAAAGUAUUGGAUUUACGGUUUCAUGAUCGAAAACUCUCAACUGGAAAAUAGCAGUUAUU